UUGGCAUGAAAAGCUCCAAGUCAGUUUUACUUUCUUCACCCCAUCCUGUGGGUUCCUAUUCGGUGCUCGGCAGGAUUGCCAUGCCUUGCGCCCUGGAGAUAGCAGUAUUUACGCACAGGCGGCUGGUUGCAGCAGAGGCGGGCAGCGGGAGCUUUGCUAAAAUAUCUAAGAAAAGGAAGCCGGGAGGGAGCGAUGUGGUGAAGGGAGAUGAAGCUCAAGGAGGAGAAAUAUCCUUACUAGUAUCACAACCGAACAUCAAUAGUUCCGUGGCUGAGAACGUUUUGCUGUCAGUAGCCUACACUGGUGAGACAAGCCCAGUGAUUGAGUGGAAACACACAUCAGCAAGUGGUACAACGAAAAUAGCAGAAUGGAAGCCUGGCAUUUACGCCAACAUAUCCAGCAGUUACAAAGACAGAGUGAACAUUUAUGAAAAUGGCUCUCUGCAGCUGCUGAAGGUGGCUAUUAAAGACGCCGGUUAUUACUUAGUCACGGUGAGAGACGAGUUGGGAAUCAUCAUAUAUGGCACCAUCCUGUUGAAUGUUUAUGAAAUUCUGUACGAAGACUUGCAUUUUGUGGUUGUCGUCUCUGCCUUUCUCGGUACUGCGUCCGCUGUUCUGAUCUGCUUGAUGUGGCUGUGCAAUAAAUCUAUGCACUUUCUGCAACCAGAGAGGCAGCAACUCAGAGUAAGCGAAACUGAAGAGACCGAGCUACAAACAAUGGGGUGUUAGCUGUAGGAUAUUUAAAGACACAAAUCAGUGUUCUACCUCAAGAAGAAGCAAAGCAUGAAAAACAUGAUGGUUGGUAUAUAAAAGACUGGGCAUAUCGAUUUUGUUAAAUGAUAUUUUCUGAAGCAAAAAAGGCAAAGGCCCACAAAGGUGAUCCAUGGAAACUUUGGGAGAUGCUGUCCUUUCCAUAUCAUAAUUUAUAAUGGACACAUUUCAAGAAAAGACUCACUGUUCCUACUGUUUCACCCACCCAUUCACAAGACACCUAAUUCUCUCUGAUAAUAUCAAGAUGCCAGAACACAAGAGGAUGUUCCAGAAACAUAGCCACAAAAGCCUUGAAUACUACAGGGAGCCGAAGACUUUUUUUUCUUUUUUAGAAAAGCUGCAAUUCUUUAUUAAAUUAUAUUUAAACAAACAUUAUCAUGGUUUUAGGUUCCAACUACCACCAACAUCAAAGAGUUACUGAUGGAUUCUUAAAAAAAAAA